UUAGGUACAUUCAUAACAAUGUUUGCCAUACAUAGAAGGGUGAAAUGAAGGCACUGAUUCACAGAAAGUACAUGUUAUAACAACGUCGCAACAUUAUUUUAGCCAUUUGCUGCCCUUGUCCAUACUUCAAUCUGACUUUAAAUAAAUGACUCUCAAACAGGUUGUACUUCAGUACACUGGGUUUGGGUCACUGAACAGCAAGCUCUUUCAGGUACAAUUAUAGGUUACGCUAUGGCUUCAAAUGCAAAUUAAAUUCGUUUCAAAAUAAAGUUUGCUGCUUGCAGGUUCCAUAAAAACGCGCGUCUGUGUCGAACAACGUUCCAUUUAAAUAAUAUUCCACAGCGUUGCCUGCACGUGGAGUAGUUCUAGUAGAAACAAACUUCAGAGUAAUGUAUCUGGUUGUAGUGCUAUGCAACAAGUAGAUUGACCCUCUACACAGCUAGGUAAAACUUGCACAGUAGCUUAACCUUCUACCACACACGGGCUACGAUUCGCCACACUGUUAUCGGCUCUGAAUUAUUUUUCUGGCUGAAUUGCUGCGGUGUAGCCGAAAUUUGGCUCUCCAGAAGACCUGCCUUCAGGGGGUCUUUUGUUUGGCUCAGUGUCUUUAACCCUUCUCCCGAACAGCAUUUUUGAAUACAUGGACGUGUCUCCUAGGAAACCGUGUAACAACCUUGGAAAUUUCAUAGCAGGAAUUUCUGGCUUUGAAAAUCAUGUCUGACUGCAGUUUUAUAUUCAGUUGUUUCACCAAGUGCAAUUUCCCAAUGAAAAGUUUGGACGAGUGCAUACUUCAACGAGAAUUUUGAUUUCCAACGCUAUUCACACAACACAGAAGCCUAUCCCCCAUUGGAAUUAGACACGACUUUGGCCAAUUUGGCAAUACUAUCGUUUUAUUUCCUAGCACACGUCUGGAACAUUUUUGAUGGAUACACUAUCUAAUAGUCUUUUGUAUACUAAGACAUAUGUGUGUAAAUUUCCCCUUACAAGGCUAUUUCCCAAUUUAAACUAAUUAUAUCUCCAACUAAUGCUGGGUCCACAGCGAUGGUGUUGGCUUGGCUGCUCUGAGAGGAUGAAAAAACAGUUCCCCAUCCCAAAGUUAACUCAAGCUGUCUGACGUCAUACUCCCACAAUGCACACGCUCAGCUACUCGAGCGCUGCGGUAUGUAGAGGGAAAAUAACCAAGGCCUCAAAAAUAACAAAAAAAACACCAAAAAAUUAGAAAUAUGUACGACAGAUAACGGAUAAAGCUUAAAUGGUGGAAGUGAAAGCAUCAGCACUUAGAGUUUACGCCCAACUGGGAUUUCGAAAGUUGCCUCCAUCGACAAAUGCAGUCCUCGAAAGUUCGUGGAAGAUGCUGAUUCAAAGCUGCCCUCUAUGUCCUGCACCUGCCCUACUAGGAGUUGGACGUGUGGUACGUCAUGUCAUUCAGUGUUUUCUUCACGCUCAUUUGUGUGUACAUGCUAUAUAUGCUUGAACACGUAAAAACAACGGAUGAGUACAAAUGCCCUAACCACAGUUACUUAGACUUCACAGCAAGUUUGUUUUAACAUGUUAGUUACAGUGUUAAUAACUAAGCUUUUAAAACCAAAUUCUGAAACAAAGCCAGGAUAUUAAAACAUUUACUUAACUUUAAACAUUUAAAUGGUUCUUCUUCAUUUUUCCUCUCUUUGGCGUAGACAUGUGGCCGCUCUCUCUCCCAGCCCCUGCGCCAGCUCGUUCUGUGAGAAAAUGUACCACGGGAAGGACCACUUGAACAGCAGCCACCACCUGCAGACCCACGACCCCAACAAGCAGAACCUGCAGUGUGAGGAAUGCGGUAAGCACUACAACACGCGCCUGGGCUACAGGCGCCAUGUGGCCACGCACGCCGCCGCCGCCAGCGCGGGGGACCUCACCUGCAAGGUGUGCCGGCAGAGCUUCGAGAGCAUGCCGGGUCUCCUGGAGCACCUGAGCACGCACACGGGCCGACCCCCGCCGGCCGGCGCUACCACCGCCGCCGCCGUGCGGGAGAGGAGGCACCCGUGCGACCACUGCGACCGACGCUUCUACACCCGCAAGGACGUGCGGCGGCACGCCGUGGUGCACACGGGCCGGCGCGACUUCCUGUGCCCGCACUGCGCCCAGCGCUUCGGCCGGCGCGACCACCUCACCCGGCAUCUGAAGAAGAGCCACGCUCAGGAACCCGGCCAGCUGGCGCCCAUGGCCUCCGGCGGCGCAGGGGGUGGCGUCAUGAAGGAAGAGUCCAGCCCCAGCCUUGGCCCUCUGGCGCUCACGAAAGACCCGACCGACGCCUUCUCCAUGAGCCUGUACAACCCUCAACACCUGCAGAGCGCUUCUACCUCAGGGGUACGUCACCACCACCAUCACCACCACCACCACCACCACCCCUCUCUGGUGCCCGGCUCCCUCUCCGCUCCCUUGGGCGUCGGCUGCAGCAUGGAGCCCCCCAAGCUCCAGCAGCAGCAGCUUCAGCAGCAGCAGUACCUGCAGCCGCCCAGGUACCAGUCUGGAUCUACCUCAUACCUGAAGGCGGAGAUGGAGAACCUGCUGGCCGAGCUCCAGUGCGGGCCUCCCCCGCCUCAGGCCGCGGCCCCCGCCUCCUCGUCCCGCCCGGGGGACCUGUUCCCAGAGGGCCUCGCCCAAGACCCCCACUUCUCUCUCAGGAACUCUGCCUUCUCCAACACGGAUCCCGCCGCCGCUGCUAACAUGGACCUGUCCCACAUCCUCGGGUUCCUGCCCUUCGGCUUGCCCCCCUACACCAGCUCCCUGAGCACGGGGGGCCUGGUGAUGGGCUACUCGACCACCACCACCGCUGCCAAUUCCUCCCCCUCUACUGCACAGGUGUCCGGGCCCCUCCCCUCCUCGUUUCAGCUGGCCGCUCAGCCUCAGGAGCCGCAGGCCGGGGGGGCCCUCAACCACCAGCUACCUGCUGUCUUCAGCCCCGCUGGCUUCAGCUCUCACACGUUGCCUCGAUUCCACCAGGCCUUUCAACAGUAAAUAUCACCCUAAGAAUUUGAA